AUAUGUUACUGCAGUGUCAGAAAUAAUGAUGUUAAAAAAAAAAAACAAGAUGUGUAUUGGACUACUUUACAAGACGUGAAAAACAUUGAAGUUUCGGGGUCCUGUUCAAACCGCGUCACGUUAAAUUCUUCCGCGACUGCGCAUAAAUUCAAUAGCAAGACGAGGAAACAACAGAAAUCGUCGAAAACAACACAGGAUGCCCGGCACCGUCCGCAUCAAGAUCACGGAGUUGAACCCCCACCUGAUCUGUGUCCUCUGCGGGGGUUACUACAUCGAUGCCUCCACCAUCAGGGAGUGCCUCCACUCAUUUUGCAGAACAUGUAUCAUAAAAUACCUGGAGACCACCAAAUAUUGUCCAAUCUGUGACGUCAUGGUCCAUAAAACCAAGCCUCUCCAGUUUGUCAAAUCAGACAAGAAUCUUCAAGAUUUGGUUUAUAAGCUUGUACCAGGUCUCUACAAAGAUGAAAUGAAGAGGCGGAGGGAUUUCUAUGGGAGCCAUCCUGACGCAGGCAGCGUGGAUCCCCCGCGGCCCAGUGAGGCGAGGGGGUACGAGGACAAAGACAGACUGAUCUAUACAGAGGACGAGAAGAUCAGCCUCGCUCUGGAACUCUUCUCCGAUGUGCCAGAAUCCACAACAACAGACCCGAAUCAUCCUGACAAAUUGCAGCAAAGAGACAUCCGCUAUCUACAAUGCCCAGCCGCAGUAUCCGUGGCACAUCUGAAGAAAUUCAUCCGCCUUAAAUUCGACUUGCCGCCAAAAUACACGAUCGAUAUUUAUCACUCAGACGAGCCCCUGAAGGAUUUCUUCACGUUAAUGGACAUUGCCUACAUUUACACGUGGAGAAGGACGGCACCGUUGAGACUUUUGUAUACUGUUUACGAGCAAGUCACGAAAAAACGGAAAAAUUCCACUGAAGAAGACACGAUCCAGACACAGAAACACCCUCGUUUAGGGGUCAAUGACCGAGAGAGUCCGAAGGAACAGACUUCUACAGACAACAACAGAGGUUGCUGCACGUCGCCGGAAGGAGAUCAAGGUGACGAAAACUCGUUUCCGGAUGUAAACGAACAGAGUGCACGAGAACCCAAAAAGGAAUGUGAUGAAAGUGUGGGUGAGAAAUUAGUAAAAGAGUCGAGUGAGGAAAGUAUUUCAGACGAUAGCGAAAAGUUUCCGUCAAGUCACACGAAAAACACAAAAACGUCUGCCACGAACAAGCCAAAACUGACUGAAAAAGAAAGUGUGAAAAAUAUCAUGACAGGCAAAAAAGGUGUGACGCCCAAAUCCCUCCAUGAGGACGGUGGCAAGUUCUUCUCGUCCAAUUUCUACAAAAGGAAGGCGGCAUUCCAAGCUGACAUCGGAGGUGACUGUCCUAUUGACAUGACGAAGAAAGCGAUGAAAAAACACAAGGACUUGAGCGCGAAGAAGAUUGGGAAAGAACAAACUGUCGUGAACGGAACCCAUUUUCCCGGAUACGAGUUCACCGACUGACGACUGAAGACAAGAGUUGGUAUCCUGUGGACAGGCACCAAUAACUUACGAAUCCACGCUGCGAUUUUUUUUUUGUCAUUGUUACAUGUACAUGUCAAACAGCUUUUUUGUUAUGGACUUUCUAUUCACUUAUUAAAGAAAGUGUUUAAAGGGAACUAAUUCAA